UCGCCUGAAGAACACGGCUCGUAAUUUUGAACCGACGGACGGAGAGCAGCCGAGCAGAGCUGCUUCUGAUCAACGCUGCCAUUCAUAACAUCGGUCCAACAAACCCGUCCCCGAGUAAUGGACAGUUGAUGAAGGGGGACACUGUAGCGCUGUCUUUUAGUGGUGAAUAUGAGUUCUCGUGUUAUCACCCCGGGACCCUACCGGGCCACAAAGCUGUGGAAUGAGGUGACUCGAUUGUUUCGGUCUGGUAUGCCACUAAGGAAACACCGCCAGAACUUCCGGCACUACUCCUCCUGUUUCGCCGCCUCUGCCGCCGUGGAGUGGAUGCAUCAGCUGCUGCUUAGCAACAGCAAUUUUGGCCCUGAUGUCACCAGGCAGCAGACGGUGCAGCUCCUGAAGAAGUUUCUGAAGAACCAUGUGAUCGAAGAUGUGAAGGGUCGCUGGGGCACGGAGGAUCUGGAGGACAACAACGUGCUGUACAGAUUCCCAGCCACUUCCCCUCUGAAGCCCAUUCCAUGUACCGCUUCAGCCUCGGCCCCGGGAUCUAUUAAGAAAAGGCAUUCGUUCAGGGACAAGGAGAGUUUCUUCAGGUUUAGAAAUAUCAAGAAGCAGCAUGAGAAAGAGACACAGGAAAACGUAGAUCCUGCCCUCCAAGCAGGAGGAGAGAAUCAUCCAAUAGGAGAGCAGCAGGUGCCAAGACGAGAGCUAACGGUGGAGGAUGAACAGGAGAUCUGGAGAGACAUCACCGUGACCCACCUGCAGAGGAUUCUGGGCAUUGCAUCUCUUGAUGAGGUUUUGGACCAACGUCAUGUCAACCCACAGAACAUCAUACAUAAUAUGACCAAAGUCAACAAGCACGGAGUGGUCACACUGGACGACAAAACCAAUGACCUUCCACACUGGGUUUUGUCUGCCAUGAAGAGCCUGGCCAACUGGCCGAAGUACGACAGCGCACAACCAUCCUACCCUGGCUUUGAGAGAGACGUCUUCAAAACGGUGUCUGAUUACUUCUACAGCCUUCCGCAGCCCGUACUCACCUACGAACUGUAUGAACUAUUUAUCAACGUCCUGGUGUUUUGUGGCUACGUCGCAGCGCCCGCCACACACCAGCGCGGGAAACGCAAGAAGCCCGACCUCCCCUCGGCCCCCCCUCCAGCCAAGACCUCUUUCCGCUCCACAGAGUGUCUACUCCUGUCGCUGCUCAGGCAGGGAGCAUGCGAUGAGACCGAGUCGCCAAUGAGUGAGGUGCUCGGUGGGAAGCUCAAGUCCCGGCUGGCAGCGCUGAACGGAGGCAUUGCCGGUGGAGGUGACGGUCAGCUGGGAGGCAGCUGCAUGAGUCUGAGUACGGUUGCCUUUGCGAGGCCUCAAACCAAGAGUUGCUCACUGGAAACGAUCCUAGAUGACUCCGCCCCUCUCACCAGGCAACAGCUGUUCCUGUCCAAUGACAGCCUGGCUUCCUGUGCCUAUAGCAACACGUACCAUGACGACAGCUCUGCCAUCACAACACACCACAGUCAUACAGACUUGACAUCUGUAUCCAAAGCAACCCCCUUCACUUGUGAAAAUGCUCCAGCAGGUACAUCCAGAAACAGACUCUCUGUGGCAGGCCUGUCGGUGGCACACAGGUCGCGCUCAUUUCGGCCCAACAGCGUAGGCAGCUGUCUGGACAUCGUCAUAGAAACCAGGGAGGAGGAUGUCAAGGAGUCCAAGUUGCAGGGUCGAUCAACCAGCUGCAUCAACGUGAACACUCCCGCCGACCAGCAUCACUCCUCAGCUUCACGUCCUCCCUGGUUGUCCUCCCAUCAUUGCUCCUUUUCCUCCUGUCAUCCUUUUUCCUCCUUCUCUUCAUCUGCUUUGGCCAAACCACAAGGGUCCCGUGCUACUACAGGACCCAGUGGGCCCAGACCCGCCUCCAGUACCGCUAAUCUAUGGAUGCUACCUCCGCCCGCUGUUGUCCGGCGCUGCCUCAGCUCGCUGGAUGUGUCAAAGCCUCCUCGACCUCUUUCACUGUUCAAACCGCCUGUCUGUGUGCCCACCAGCAUCUUCCAGCCCCCUCAACACAAACCCGAGCACAGCCUUCUUCAGCCUCAGUGUGAGCGUGUGGCCAUCGAGGCCCUGCAGCUUUGCACCCUCCUCCUCCCCCCGAACUCCCGCAAGAAGUUGCAGCUCCUCAUGAGGAUGAUGUCACGCAUCAGCCAGAACGUGGACAUGCCCCGCCUCCACCCGGCCAUCGGUACCCGAACACUGAUGGUUCACACGUUUUCAGGCUGUGUCCUGGGCAGCGCAGAGGAAUGUGAUUUGGACGAGCUGUUGGCUACCAGACUGGUGUCAUUUCUAAUGGACCAUCAGGAAAGCAUCCUCUCUGUCCCAGAGUACCUGUGCAGUGCUAUCAAUGACCAUAUACAGUACCUGCGCGCUGUACAGGUCCCGAUCGAUGGUGUUUCCACUGUCGAUGUCGGCAAUCCAGUUUGCGUUCCAAUGCCCAUCUACGCGUUCUGCCGUCAGAUUAGCGGCGCUGAGUUUGAACAGCAGAAGCUGGAAUCUUCCCAGAAGGCCAUGGAGGAGUUGCUGGAGAUUCUGCUGACCGACAAAAACAUGAGUGAGAAGGACCGACGCAAGAAACUGAAGCAGUUUCAGAAGCAGUACCCGGACAUCUACAGUCGUCGGGUCCCCUCCUCAGACAGGGAGGACAAGACCGACAAGCCAAAGAUUAAACCUCCACUCCUCAGCAUCAGGAAGAGCAAAGUGUUCAGCAUCAGGAACUAAACCAACCCUACAGGUUGUCUCCAUUAUAGAAUCCACAGCCAUUCUCGCUGCACUAUAACUGCACUGAUAUUAAGAGAUCUGGAAAAUUCACCUAUCUUUGCAGCCAUUAACUUUUUCCUGUUACAUUGGAAAAACUCCUAUUCCUGUUGUCUCAUUUAUGUAGUAAUGUGAAAGUAAAUGGAGACUGGACUUCUACAAUGGUAGAAUGUGUGUAUUCAUGUGGUGUUUGUGUGUAUAUGUUGAUAGCUAAGUAAGAGGAAGGUAGGUAGACACACAGUGGCUUCUUGGAGUAGUUCACAUUGAUAACUGUGUUCAAAUUUAACCCUUUUUAUGAAGCAAGUGCAAGCAAGCUUCAGAUUGCAUUUUGGGAGAAAAAUAAUAUGCAUUUUUUAGGAUCACUGGUCCAUAUGGGAAUUAUUAGAUCAUAGACUAAUUCAAUUAUAAGACUGAUGGCAUUGGGAGCAGAGAUAGAAAGGUACUUUUUUGGGGUGCCAUUAUUGACUUUUUCUUCCUCCUGUUGCUUUUUUGUGUGUUUUGCUUCAAAGAAUUUUAACGUUAAUGUUUUAGUUUCUUUUGAUUUUCAGUAUCUCAGAUUUUUCAUUUAUAGAUCAGUUGGUUUUAAUUGGAGCCUGUGCUUCUCAGUUUCUUUUAUUUCUUGUUUGUGUCUCAUCUUGAACCCAUCUCUGCUUAGUUUUUUGGAUAGAGAAAUAUUUUUGCACUGGAUGUAUGCAUUGUAAAUUGCCAGUAAGCGUAUGCCAAUAAUUAAAGUAGAUAAUUUAUACUUAUUUAAUGCUUAUUAGCCUCUUACAGAAUUUUACUAGACAACGUCAUAUUUUGGGAAAGUGGUUUGUAUUGCUCAUAAAUACAACCUCAUGAAGUGUUUUCUCAACAACAGCAACUACAGGAUUAAUCAUUUGAAAGCAGUGAAGUGGAUAUUUGCUGUACCUUGUGCCUCUAAUGAAAGAAGCUGGUGACCAAUGGCAUCCAUUAAUCACUGAUGGGUUUAGUAGUAAACUGAAUAGUGCAAUACAGAACCCACAUUAUUUCAAGUGUCAGAAGUAACAGAUUUGGCUUAGAAUUUAACAGAUUUUUUUUUUUAUGUAUCCUAUAUGAAGUAUUAGUUCUUCUCUGAAAUGUUUUUCUUUACCUCAGAUCAAAUGAUGAGUGUGUGUGUUUGUUUGUGUGUGUGUGUGUGUGUGUGUAACCAUAUGUGCACUCAGCAGUGUU